GUCGUCACUCGUGACGAAAACUUUUGGAGCAUAUCAUUCUGCAGAUGAACGAUACGAAUAAUGUCGAUGAUUAUGUAUCUUUCUGGUUUUAUCAAAAUCUCUCCUGUCUUAUCAGUUUUACUGAUGUGCUAUGAUUUAUCAUUUCUCUGGUAGAUCGCACGAUGGAUGCCCUGACUGAGUAGGGUGAUGUUUUGCAGAUUCGCACUGAACUACUGUACAGUUCAGCUCCUGGUUCGAAAGCUCUUCUGACUUAAAGAACGCCGUUAUCGUAGACGCUAUGGAUUCUAAACUUCCAAAUUCAGGUUCCCAGUCGGGACUACGACCUGCGGGCCUUCCAAGUGCAGCACAGCAGCGAGCUCCUCCCGUAAUAGCGCCUGCGUCUCCCCGUCCAGUUCCAACUGGUUCCAUUCCUGCUCCUGGACAGCUGAAGAAAGCAGGCUCCGUUCACUUCACGGUGGAUACGGAAGGUUUCAUCGUGGGCGAUCGGGUGUGGGUGCACGGGACGAAAGCGGGAAAAAUUCAGUUUAUCGGUGAGACGAAAUUCGCCCCGGGUGAAUGGGCUGGGAUUGUGCUAGAUGAACCAACCGGGAAGAACGACGGCUCCGUCAACGGUGUGCGCUACUUUCAGUGCGAAGCGAACCGCGGUGUAUUUGUCCGAUUACACAAACUCUCACGAGUACCACUCAGCCCGGAAGAAAUUGAGACACUGAAGAUGCAGAAAUUAUCCGCGGCCACCUCAGUGGCAUCCAUCAUCUCCGCCGUGGAUGCUGAAUUUAAAUCACCGGACAGCAGUUUAACCGGGGUCAACAAGAGCACCGAACCGGGCAGUUCUGUCGCUGGAGGAGAUGUAACAAAUGCGGCUGACAUGAAAGUUGGUGAUCGUGUGUGGCUAAGCGGAGAUCGUGCGGGCAUUGUGAGAUUUGUUGGGAAACCGCAUUUUCAAGAUGGUAUUUGGGUUGGAGUUGAGCUGGACGAAGCCAAAGGGAAAAACGACGGAAGCGUCGAAGGAAAACGGUAUUUCACUUGUCCAGCAAACCACGGAGUGAUGGCUCCUAUUGCAAAAGUAUCCAAAGGUUCCUCCGGUGCCGCUCUUCCGCCGUUCACUCCUGGAAAACUAAAGCGGAGUCCAUCCCAAGAGUCUUUACAUUCUAAUUUUUCCAUUCAGUCCACUGCAUCCCGGCGUUCAUCAGCCAUGCGCAUGGGAACGAGUGCUUUGAGUCCCUCCACCAUUGCCGUAGGACGGACAGGAACAGGGACGGCAGCAGAUAUUAUUAAGGCACACCAGGAGAAGGAUGCUUUGAUUGUUGCAAUGACCAAAGAACGCGAUUUGGCCAAGAAAGAACUGGCGGCCAAGUUGGGCAAUGAAAUGCAGAUGCACACGGAAAUCCAAAAGCUUCAGGAGCAGUACAUGGGAGCUUUAUCAAAUCAAGAUGCUCGAAUUGCCGAUAUGUCAGAAAAUAUAAAAAAGUUGAACGCGGAGAAGGAUCAGCUAAGGGAGCAGCUGGAUGACGAGAAAAAGAAAGUUGAGGAUCUUCAGUUUCGACUGGAAGAAGAACUCAUGGCAAAGGACAGUGAAGCCGAAUUGGAAACAAAGAAGCUGAUUGAUAGAAAAUCGAGUGAAAUUGAUUCAUUGAAAGGAGAUAUUAGCCGACUAAAUCAAGAAAUGGAGACUUUGCGGCAAGUGAUUCAGGAUAAAGAUUUGGAAGUUGACCGAUGGAGAACCGCGGUUGACGCUUCGAAACUGGAAGCUGCUGAUAUGGUUGACGAACGGGAUCGCACUUCUUUUGAAGUUGCGGAUUUACGACGACAACUGCGUGAUGUCAGUGAAAAAUAUCGGCAGGAGAACGAGACAUUUCAGCAGAGCAUGAGAAGUAAAGACGCGCUAGAGCAGGAACUAAAUCUGCAGCUUGAAUGUGCGAGAGCGGAACUGGAGGAUUACCGACGACGACAGAGCGCCGUAUCCUCCAGUAAGCUUGAGGAAAAUUCAAAUUUGCAAGUGAUUAUUGACGAUCUAAAGCGCGAUAAUACAUCCCAACAGGUGCACAUUCAAGAACUGACCAAUGAUUUACACGGACUGCGGGAGGAACGAAAUCUUUUGAAAAACACCUGUGAUACGCUAGAGAGAAAUGCUCAAAGCCGCCGUAGUGCCUUAACGACUGUUUUUCGCGAUGUGGGACACUGUGCGCCCGAGAAAGAAGACGAAGAAAUUCCAGCUUUAUUGGCUUUACUUUCUGACGUCCGGAGCAAAGCAGCUGCAACAAGUGAUAACUUGAAAACCCAGUUAGCAGAGGCAGAAAGGGCAUUAUCAGAGCUACGAUUAGGUAAUGCUCAGCUGGAUUCGGAACGCGGGGCUUUACAGAAACGCUUAGCAGAGGCCACCGAUAGUUUAGCUUCGACGGAAAAAAUGUUAUUGGGUGCGAACAAAGAAAAAGAAGACUUGUUGAGGUCGAUUAAGAAUUCGGAAACCAAAAAUGAGGAGGUUCUACUGGAAAGUGAAAAGAUUCUCAAGGAUCACGUGCACGAAGCCAAGCGACUGUUGGAGGACAAGUCAAGGGAAGUGGAAUCGCUGGCUUAUCAGUUGUCCGAACUAAGCGUUGAGCUUGGAAGUUUGAAAAGUGCCCAUCAAGAAUUGGUCCAGCGUUCCCAGUCCGAUUUAUCCCAUGUUAAUUCUGAUCGGCAAGAGGAAGUGGAGCGCCUGAUGCAAAAGCACGCAUUUGAGAUUGGAGUGCUUAAACGUGACUUCGAGCAACAGAACUCAGCAUUACGGGAACGCCUGACCACUGUGGAGAGUGAACUGCAGACGGCUUUGACGGAAAAAGUUAGUCUAAACGGAGAAAUUGGUCGAUUUAUUGGUGUGCUCAACGAAAAGGACGCCGAAUUGAAGGAGGCCCGCGAACAGAUUGAGCGAACGAUCGCUGAAACUCUAGCACAACAUCAUGAAGAAAAAAAUAGAAUCUACGGUGAAUUGGUCCAGGAGAAAGAGAAAUUUGCUAUUUUGGAAGAGCAGCUGGCCGCCGUAACUUUGCUUGAAAAAGAAAAAAAUGCCAGUUUGGAGGCAACAGCUGCUAAUCUGGAAGUGAAAGAACGAGAUUUUGCGAUUUUACGACAAACUGCUGAUGAACUGGCUCAGAGAUGCACAAAGCUUGAACAGGACUCGGAACAGGCACAGUCGGCCUAUGCGGAGCAAAUGAUGCGAGCGGAAGUGCGGCGGGAGGAAGAUAUACGGGUGUUAACAACCGAGAAGAACAGCAUGGUUGACAAGAUCUCUAAUUUGGAGGAGCAGAUUCAGUUGCUGAGCUCCACAUCCUUGACAGAAACUGAGACGAUGCGCACGGAAUUUCUCGACAAAAUCAACCUGUUACAGUCGGUUGUAGUGGAGAAGAAUGCGCUUCUGGAAUCUACUUCACAAGAAUUAGGUGCUUCCAAAUCGACGGUGGUGUCGAUGAACGAAGAAAUAUCCCGGCUAAAAAAGAUGAUGGAAGCAUGCGAUGUGGAAUAUAAUGCCGCCAAAGGGGAGCUGGAUUCGCUGACCAAACAGUGUCAAGCUAACGAGGAAAUUAUUUCAGCCAUUAAUGCUGAUAAAGCUUCGCUGGUGGUGGUUUUAGAGCAAAAGGACAAGGAAUUGCAAGAUCUCGCUGGUGAUUUGGCUAAAGCCAAAGACAUCAAUAGUCUACUGAAGAACGAUCUGGACUUGGCUGGUGCAUCGUUCGAAAAGCAGCUGGCAGUUGCUCAAGAACGUGCAGGGGAACUGCAGACGAGCGUUGACACUGAAAGGAAUUCUUUGAUGGAUCGAAUUAAAACGCUGGAAAAUCAGUUGUCUGACACGGUGACGGAAAAUACAGCCAAACUGGAAGCCGAACACAGUGAUUUCCGGCAUAAACUAAAUACACUGGAAACGGAACUCGCUGCCAAGACUUCGGCGCUCUUGGCGUCAGGAAACGAUAUUCUGUUCCUCAAAGCGGAAAUUCAGAAAUCGCAGCACGAAGUCGCGCGGUUAAGCACUCUGCUCCAAGAAUCUGAACAGAAUCUCACCGUGAAAUUAGAAAACAUCAAGCAGUUGGACCGUGAUCGGACAGAUUCUGAAAAUAAGUUAACAAACUUAGAAAAGACAUUGCAGCUGUUAGAAAACAAUUUGAAGCAGCAUAAUGUCGGCUUAGAGCAGGCAAAUCAGACGAUUGUCGAAUUAGAAAGCGACAAGGUUUCGUUAAGCGAUGUUAUUUUAAGCUUGAAAUCGGAUUUGGUUUCGGCGAGCGAUCUGGGGAAAUUGCUAAGUGAAGCCAGGGAUGAGCUGGCGAUCGUGCAACAGGCAAAAAGCGCUGCCGAAGCGAGAAUUCAGGAGCUGGAAGCGAUUGCGGGGAAGGUCGGGUCGUUGGAAACCACUGUCCACGAUCAGUCGGUCAAGUUGACAUCUUCCGAUCUCAGACUGUCUUCGAUGGAAUCGGAGAUAUUCCAAUCACAGAGUGCGGUCACAGAAAUUACCACGGCGUUAUCCGUGGCUAAAGAAGCCAUCGUUCGUACAGAAGCGGAACGGGAAAAACUCCAGAACGAUAACGUUAAAUUGACUGAGCGACUGAAUGACGCCGAGCAGGCACUCAAAGAAAUGGAUGCAUUGAAAGAAGCAGUGGCUACUGUUUCUGUAGUGAGGGACCAAGUUGAGAAGAUUUCUCAAGAGAAAGUGACACUGGAGACGCAGGUCUGGGAGAUAAACCAACGGGCUGCGGAGCAGAAGAAUGUGAUACAGAAUUUGGAAAGUGAACUGUUGAAUGUGCGGAAAAAUGCGGAACAGGAAAUUGCUGAGAUGAAAGAACGAGACCUGCGGCAGCAGAAGCUGGUUGAAGAGCUGGAAAAUGAGUUAGUGGAGAUGAGGAAGAAUGCCGCAGGGGUAAUUGGCGGGGAAGUCGAAUCGGCACAGGAUGUCCAUUUGGCCAGUCAAAGAUCUAUUGAUGAGCUGCUUUCGGCGGAGUUGGAGCGGGUGCAGAGUGAAGUGGAAUUUCAUCGUCGCUUGAUCGAGCAGCGGGACGGGGAAAUCUCUCGUAUGAAGUUGCACCAGCGAGACAUUGUUGAUCAGAAGAACUCCGAGAUUGCGCAGAUUGAGAAGAAGGUCUUCGACGCGGAAAGUGCUCUGCGUAAAGAAAAGCUACAGAAAUUAGCAUUGAGCACAUCUUCCUCAUCCGCAGUCUCCGCUGGUGAUAAUAACGAAUUCCAAGUACAACUCUUAAACUCUAUCAUCGCUGAGCAGCAAACAAAACUGAUGGAUAUGGAAAAGAAAUUAAAAGCCUUAACGCCUAAACCGUCCGCUUCCGGCUUGGCCGACGUGCCGCCAGCUGAGCCAGCCGUUGCACCCAAGCGCCGCCCAAUCCGUUUAUACUGCGCUCAGUGCGAGCAGUUCGACGAACAUGACACCGCCGAAUGUCCCAAACGCCACACUUCCCCGGAGCGCAAACCGAAGCCUAAAGUGGCGCGCCCGGUGCGCAAAUAUUGUGAAGAAUGUGAAAAGUUCGACCUGCAUGAAACGACCGACUGUCCCGCUUGGAUCAAGAAGCACCCGCCUCGUGUUCCUCUCAAGCCGACUGGUUUGGUACCUCUAUAAAACCGACCUCUUCAGCCAGUUUGACAGACCUUGCAUGUUUAUGACUCUAGAGAACCAGGAUAUUAUGCUAUUUUUUUGUGUAGAUCUGGUGUGUUAUUUAUUUUCCAAUGCUCAAGAUUAUAACUCUGUACAGUGUGUGUUUUUAUAAGACAUUGUGUGUUGCUUGUGACAGAGUUUUGUCGUUUGUUUCUCCUAGUCUCUUGUAUCGUAGUCAGUGGUGCGAAUUCUAAGACAUACAUCAAUAUGUAAAUCCUUUAAAGGGCAGAGAAAUUUGUGAUGCGUUGUUGCAAAUCAAAACGGCCAGUCUAAUUA